AUGCUAGAGCCAGAUGGGCAAAAUCAUCAUGGUGAUUACCCCAAUUUCCCUGCAGACAAUGAUCAUGUGCAACGGCGCAACCACACAGAGGGACAGGGACAGCGCCAUUUGCAAACAUGGUCGGCCCCACGUGGAAUGAACCACCAACUUUUCCCACUCUUGCAACUUAAGCUGACACUGGUUCAAUUUGCAGGCGACGACAUAAACGGAGAAAGACCACGACUGCGUAGGCGUAGAACUGAGCCCCCGAAGGAAAUAUCUAUUCCGAGUGAAAUACCUAAACCCCGCUUAUGGCCCCAACAAGAAACAGAAAAGAAAGCGGAUCCCGUUCCUAGCAAAGCCAAAGCAGUGGAGAAGAAGACCAUAGAUGACUUUGUGAUCCUUGAGGAAAUGGGUCAGGGUGCCUACGGGCAAGUGAAGCUCGCCAGAUGCAAGAAGGACAGUCGAAAGAUGGUCCUGAAAUACGUGACAAAACGCCGAAUUCUUGUUGAUACUUGGACGCGAGAUCGAAGACUCGGAACAGUUCCUCUAGAAAUUCACGUGCUUGACUACUUGCGCAGAGAGGACUUGAAGCAUCCAAACAUCAUCGAAAUGAAUGAUUUUUUUGAGGACGAUGUCAACUACUAUAUUGAAAUGAUUCCACAUGGCUUACCAGGAAUGGAUCUCUUCGAUUAUAUCGAAUUGCGUGUCAAGAUGGAAGAAGAGGAGUGCCGCAGCAUAUUCGUUCAAGUUGCCCAGGCUAUUCAUCACCUCCACACCAAAGCCUUGGUUGUCCAUCGUGAUAUCAAAGACGAGAAUGUGGUACUGGAUGGCGCAGGAAAUAUCAAACUUAUAGAUUUCGGCAGCGCAGCUUACAUCAAAAAUGGUCCCUUUGAUGUUUUCGUCGGAACCAUAGGCAUGUUUGACUGACAACGUUAUGAGGUUAACUGGCUAACAUUACACAGAUUACGCAGCUCCUGAGAUCUUGGCUGGUAAAUCGUAUCGAGGCAAGGAGCAGGAUGUAUGGGCAUUAGGCAUUCUACUCUACACGAUUAUCUACAAAGAGAAUCCGUUCUACAACGUAGACGAGAUUCUGGAUCGGGACCUUCGCAUACCAUAUAUCAUGAGCGAGGACAGUGUCCACCUGAUUCGGGAAAUGCUGGAUCGCAACGUGGAUUCCCGAAUUACCAUUGAGAAAGUCCUCGAGCAUCCUUGGUGCAAGACCAACAGUACCGAGGGAGGCGACGACUGA